UUGAAUUUGUUCGUCUUUAAUCAUGUACUGUCCUGCAAAAGCAGCGGCAAGGAAAUUUCAUAUCAUAGCCGGGCGUUGAUGGAGUUGUGGAUUUGAGCUCCCAUGCUUGGAGUGUAAACAUGGUAGAUAUGAACGCAGGAGAGGCAAACUGGAUGGAAUUACGCCUCUUGUACGAGCUCCAGCCUCGAAUACGGGUUUUGUUUGUCAGUUUACCUAGAUCAAGGGAUACAUUAAGCGCAGAAGCCGACGGCAAUAAGCCGGCCACUCUGUGGUUCCAAUACUAUCAAAUACGAGCAAAUGCGAGACGAUGCUGCCUACGAAACACAUACACAUGACUUUUUGCUUUCUUUGUUGCGUAUUUGUGACCGUGGCUUGUGCUCUCAUCAUUUUGCGACUGGCCGUUUCCCGGCUGCGUUGGUGCUGGAAAAUGAGGUUACAUUGCGCACUGACCCCAGUAAGGGGCUUGCUUGCGUCUGGCUGUAUUACGACGCUCCGAUACGACGAUUUGACGAUUUUUUCAUCCAGGCUCGGCAACUGCUGCCGCUGAGCUGGGCGAUGCAAUUUGACGGGACAAUGAGACCGAAAAGCAGGCGCCAAUUGACGCAGCGGAGGUGCAGAGCGCAGAGCCUGCCUGUGGUGUUUUUACAUGUGACAAUAAUGUAUGGCCGCAUGCAGCCACAAGAGACACAGCCAAAGUGUUGGUACUUGGUACUUUGCACCUUGGUUUGCACCCCAAAAUUUCCAUUGUACAUAGACACAUACUAUUAGGUACUAUACUAGCCCCGUGGCUGGAAAUUCGUUUAGGCAAAGUUUGCAGAGUCUGCAAGUCUAGGCAUAUGCAUGGAAUGUCA